GUGCCACUUCAGAGUGCCCCGGUUCUCAUCUAGACAUCUAGUCCAUCUACACAGCCACACCCUGUGUCUCUACUCUGCCUACAUCUCUCCAUUUCGGUCCAGUUGAUUGAGCUAAGUGCAGCAGCUCCAAUGGCUACUCCAUCGUCUGCCAUCUCCGCCAAGUUCGGUCGCACGGCGGCGCCCGCCUUGAGUUGGAAGGGAGGCAGAAUUUCAGGCCAGAACCUUAUCUCCAUGGGGACGAGGACGACGUCGAGAAGAUCCCUUCGCCUCCGUGUCUUGUGCGCGGCCAAGCCGGAGAUGGUGACCAAGGUGAUGGAUAUCGUCAAGCAGCAGCUGGCCCUCAAAGACGACGCCAACCUGACGGCGGACUCCAAGUUCACCGACCUGGGCGCCGAUUCCCUCGACACGGUCGAGAUCGUGAUGGCGCUGGAGGAGGAGUUCAAGAUCACAGUGGAGGAGGACAACGCGCAGAGCAUCACCACCAUCCAGGAGGCAGCUGACCUCAUCGACAAGCUGGUCGGCGACGAGGGGAAGGCCGCCUGAACAGUCUUGCUCUUGCUGCGUUUGGCCUCCUAUAUGGAAUUUUGCCAAGCGAUUCUUCUCUUUCUUUCCCUUCGCCAGUCUAGCAGAUCGUUGCUCAUUGGGAUCGAUAUCAUUUGCUGUUUCUUAGUUGCGUCGGCUCGGUGUGGUGUGCGUGCGGUUUGAACAGUUUUGUUAGGCCUGAAACAUGGCUAUGAACUCGGAAUUAUUUUGUUGUUGCUGCGGAACUUUGUUUGUUCUA